AUGGACAAACUCAAGGAUUUAAUCAAGCAAGUUGCACCUAUGGGGGUUCCCCCUUAUGGAAUUCAUGAAUCACAGGUCUUGGCGAAGAAGAAGGACCUUAUUGACCAUAGUAAAAAAGAGAUUAAAGGGGAUAAUCAACCCCUUUCAGAGGAGUCUUUGCAGCCCAUUUCCUAUCUUGAUCUGAUGGAUGAGGCAGAGGGUGGUGUUCCAUUGGAGGAACCAACCCUGACUGAUAUUGGGUGGAAAUAUGGGAUUGAUGUUGAUGGCAGUGGUAAGAAAGUCAAAUGCAAGUAUUGUUCAAAGAUUGUGAGUGGUGGAGUUUUUAGAUUCAAGCGUCAUCUUGCUGGGACUAGAGAAGAUUCUGAGCCUUGUGCUACAGUGACGGAUGAGAUCAAAUUGCUAAUGAUGAAAAUUGUUGUUGAAUCUAAAGCAACAAAAGAAAAGAAAAGGAGAUUGAAUAGUAUUGAUGAAGAUGAAGAAAGUGCUGAGGGGGCGGAAGAGGCAACCAACUUACAAGGACAAAGGGGUUUUGGUCCAAAAAGGAAAAGAAGUCCAAAAGGAACAGUAUUUCUGUAUUCCUUAGACACUUCUGACAUCUCAAAAACAACUAACAAAGAUUUUAAGAUGUUAGAUGAUGUUGUCAAAUUUGUUGGAGAAGAGAAUGUAGUUCAAGUGAUUACUGAUAAUGUUGUGAAUUUCAAAGUAGCAGGAGAAUUUUUUAUGCAUACUCGGCCGCAUAUGUAUUGGACUCCAUGUGCUGCCCAUUGCAUUGAUCUGAUACUUGAGGACUUGGAGAAACAUUUGAAGGUUCAUGAAGUUACUAUAAAGAAGGGAAGAAAGAUAACAACUUAUAUAUAUGGUAGAACAAUGCUUAUUAGCAUGCUCAAGAAGUACACAAAUGGUAGGGACUUGGUUAGACCAGGUAUGACUAGAUUUGCAACUGCUUACUUGACUUUAGCUUGUCUCCAUGAAAUGAAAGCAUCUUUGAUGAGGUUGUUCAGUUCUGAGGAGUGGAAAAAAAGUAAGUUUGGAACUACACAGGAGGGGAGAAAAGUAGAAGAUUCAGUUUUGGAUAAUAGAUUUUGGAAGAAUGUAUCCAUAUGCCUCAAAGCUGCUACCCCUCUUAUGGUAGUCCUUCGAUCGGUGGAUUCUGAUCAACAACCCGCCAUGGGUUUCAUAUAUGUUGAGAUGGAUCAUGCAAAUGAAAGGAUUAAAAGUAACUUCAAUAAUGUGAAGAAAAAUUAUGAACCUGUUUGGGAAAUUAUUGAUAAAAGGUGGGAGAACCAACUUUAUAGGCCUUUGCAUGCAGCUGCAUAUUAUCUUAAUCCUCAAUUGCAUUUUGAAGAUGAUUUUAAAAAAGAUAACGGAGAAGUGAAAGAAGGAUUGAAGACUAUGCCACCUGCAGAAUGGUGGGAAAUGUUCGGGGAUGGAUGUCCAGAAUUAAAGUGGUUUGCCAUUCGUGUUUUGAGCUUAACUUGUAGUUCUUCUGGAUGUGAGCGUAAUUGGAGCUCAUUUGAAAUGGUUCAUACAAAAAGGAGAAAUCGUUUGCAUCAAAAGAAAAUGAAUGAUUUAGUUUAUGUCAUGUACAACUUGAAGCUCAAAAGUAGACACACAAGAAAAACGGUUACUCUUCCAUUUGAAGAUAUGGAAUCUGAUGAUGAGUGGAUAACAGAAGAAGGAGAUGAUAUAUUUGAUGAAGACAAUCUCUAA